AUGGACCCCCUCACCGACCUCGACGAGGCCACCCUCCAGGUCAUCAUCAAAGCCCAAUUGCAAGACUUGGAGGAAAUGGCCCGGGUGAACGCCCCCAAGGGCAAAGGGCGUGCCGGACAACAUGACCCCCGCGACGAUUUGUCCGUCGCGAUCAACGCGUAUCGCGACGAGCUGGCCGCCCGGUCGCAAUUCCUGGCUGACCAGGCCAUGUGCCGGAGCAUGGCUUCCGCCGUGGAUGCCGAUGCCGAGCAGAUCCAGGCGCUAGUCUCAGAGGAGCAGCGGAGCACGCGGGAUCGGCGCAUGGCGUUUCGAAUGGGGGGCCAGCCGGUGCCGGAAGAUAAUCGUCACGACCACACGUCGGCUGCUGCUGGGGCAGUGGAUGACGAGGUCGUCGAGAGGUUGAGACACCUCAAUAUCUCUGGUUCUCCGUCGCAGUCGCCGGUGUCGUUCGGUUUCCUCCAGUCACACCAAACUGGGGCCGACGACGACGUCAUGAACAGCCCCGAGUCCUCAUCAUGGGCAGCACAAAGACGGCCGGCCCACCGGACGACCACGGCCGCGCCGAAACCAAUCAAAAAGAUGCCUGCUACGCGGGAGUGCAUCGCAUGCACCGACCGGCACCCGAUCAACAACCUCACCAGAAGUCCCGACUGCGGUCACGAAUACUGCCGCGACUGCAUCCAAUCCCUAUUCACCUCGGCCCUUACCGACGAGAGUCUCUUCCCUCCCCGCUGCUGUGGCCAGCCCAUCCCUCUCGACAGCUGUCGCACCCACUUGACAGCCACCCUCGCGGGCCAGUUCCAGGCCAAGAAGCGCGAACUCGACACCCCCAACCGGACCUACUGCCACCGGCCGACGUGCUCGACGUGGGUACCACCCGAGCUGAUCUGGAACCAGGUCGGGAAUUGUCUCCAAUGCGGCCGUCGGACGUGUGUUUUGUGCAAGGGGGCGGAACAUGUUAGCCGGGAUUGUCCUGAUGACCCGGCGACGCAGCAGGUGCUGCAGUUGGCGCAGGAGCAGGGCUGGCAGCGGUGUCGCGCGUGUCAGAAGUUUGUGGAGUUGAAUACCGGGUGCAAUCAUAUCACUUGCCGCUGCGGCGCCCAAUUCUGCUACGUCUGCGGCUUGCCCUGGAAGACCUGCGGCUGCGCGCAGUGGGAAGAGCGCAUGUUGUUCAACCGGGCCAACGUGGUCGUAGACCGCAACGCGGGCGGACAGCGGCUGGGCGCGCGCCAACGAGCCGAGAUGGUAGAGCAGGCGCGGGCUUUGCUCGUGGAGAACCACGAGUGCGACCACACGUCGUGGCGGUCGCGCGGUGGGACGCACCGGUGCGAGGAGUGCAACCACACGCUGCCGAACUAUAUCUAUGAGUGUCGACAGUGUCAGUUGUUGGCUUGUCGGCGGUGUCGGUUUAACCGGUUGUAG